AUGGCACAAAUAGAGGAAAUGGAAAACCCUCCAACAAAGAGAUUUGAGUUCACUUUUUUGGGGUGUGAGGUACAUGUAGAAAAUCAAACCAGAUCUUCACGAGCGAGUAAGGAUAUGGAAGAUCGACUAGGUAGAAGAAAUAAAGCAGGAACAAUAAGACUUGAGCACCCAGGCAUCAGACUGGACUUGGAGGAGGGUUCGGAGGAUAUGGGAGGGGUGAGGGAGGGUCUUGGACGGAGUAUACGGAGUGGAAGGAAAUUUCAGCCAGAGCCGCGCUCAAGGGACAUCUCCCAAUCGAACAGGAUGCAUGUAGAUACUGAGCGCUCGAUUGCGGAUGGAGUGAAGUGUCAGCGCGCGGAUGGGAGGAGAGUCCACGCCGUUGAGAAGUCAUUUGUGCGGAGAUCGAAGGCUGUAAGCUGUGCAAUGGAGACCAACCGGAGAGGAAGUAUGCUUGAUGCGAAUUUAGAAUGCUACAACAAAGGAGAGGUGAAAGAGGAUCCUAGAAAACAUGCAGGGGCCCGUCAAGGCAUAGGUGGCUCCCGUGUGCUACUGGAGGGCCUGGUCGACUAG